AACCCCGGCCGUUCCGCCGCGAGCUGCGGGUAGUGGGCUAGUCGAGCCGAGCCGGCGGCGCACUUCCGGGGGCGUAGCGCUCGCGCUUCUCCGCCGCGCGUGCGAGUGCCCGGCAGCUCGGCAUGGCGGCACCCUCCAGGAAGGAGCGGCAGGCGUGCUGGGGCGCGCGCGACGAGUACUGGCGGUGCCUGGACGCCCACGCCGAGGACGCGGCCCUCUGCCGGCGCCUCCGCAGCUCCUUCGAGGCCAGCUGCCCCCAGCAGUGGAUAAAAUAUUUUGAUAAAAGAAGAGACUACUUAAAAUUCAAGGAAAAAUUUGAAGCGGGACAGUUCCAGCCUUCUGAAUCAACUACAAAUUCCUAGGAACUUCCUGAACUUUUCAUAAAGGUUGAAAUUAUUCUUUCUGGACAUUAAAAAAUGCUGUGUUGAUUCUGUGACAGUAGUAGUUUGACAUGGCAUACAUCAGUACUUGUUCGCUGUGUACAGUACUUCAUGACAAAAUUGGACAAAUAACAGAAGAUCCAUGUUUCAACUAUGAAGACUUGAAGUACAGUGGUUUAAAUAUACCUAGUUCUAAUUUAGUAAGAAAUUUAAGAAACUAUUAAAACCAAUUAUAAAAACA